AUGCCUCCGAGCUCCUGCAGUGGCUGCUGCUGCUGGAGCGACUGGGAUGGCGGCAGCGAAUUUGAUGGUUGCGAGGAUGAAGAGGAUGAAUUGGAGGUUCUCAGGGACGCAGCGGAAGAACCAGCCGGCGAAUUGGAGGGUUUCGCGGAGGCAGCAGAAGGAGCAGCUGACGGAGCAGCGACGGCGUUGGCGGUCAAGGAGCCGGCAGCCGCAGCGACGAUGGCGGUGCGCGCAGCCAUGGCUAAUGCGAGGACGCGUAUGAGGUUGCUUGGAUCGGGAGCAGGUGACGAUGACAAUCAUCCCGUGCGCAAGAUGGAUCGGGAGAAGCUUAUGAAGAUGGCCACUGCCGUCCGCACCGGCGGCAAGGGCACUGUUAGGAGAAAGAAGAAGGCCGCUCAUAAGACGACGACGACCGACGACAAGAGGCUAUCAAGCACUCUGAAGCGCCUUGGAGUGAACACGAUUCCUGGGAUUGAGGAGGUCAACAUUUUCAAAGACGACACGGUCCUCCAUUUCUCCAACCCUAAGGUGCAAGCGUCCAUCGGAGCAAACACAUGGGUUGUCAGUGGCGUCCCUCGGGAGAAGAAUCUCCAAGAAUUGCUGCCUGGCAUCAUCAACCAGCUUGGCCCUGAUAACUUGGCCGGGCUGAAAAAGAUUGCUCAGGAGUAUCAGAAGGCGGGUGAGGCUGCCGCUGCUGCCGGGGCUGCUGCUGAGGAUGACGAUGAGGUGCCAGAGCUUGUUGAGGGGGAGAACUUUGAGGAUACUUCCAAGAAGGAACCAGCAGCUGCAGAAGCUUGA